GAGCAAUUAGGGCAGGCUCCAGCGGUGCCAAAAGCCAGCAUAACGGGGCAAAAAUUAACGCGACGCUGCGAGAAAUAUCUCUAUUUUAGUCGCAAGCUCGCGCGACAAGCAGUGAGCAGCUGUACCCCACUCUGGAGCUUUGCACUGCAGUGGCACACGAUUAGACAUGGCUUAUUCGUGCCGCUGGACGCUCACACUACUCGCAUCGGUCACAGCACUGCGCCAGUCGACGCGCCGCGACAUCGGCGCCUUGACCGCCGGCGCGCUGCUAGUGCCAGCACGAGCCGUCGCCGCGUUGCCGUCCGCCGAUCGCGUGCCACUCUUCGUCAUCACGACCGCGGACGGCAGCACGCCCCUGUUCACCGACGCCGACGGGACGCGCGCGUCGUUCUUCGCGGAGCGACGAGACGCGGAAGCCAAGCUCAAGUCGUUGAAAGGCGCCGGCGACGCCGUCGUGAUGAGCUUGCCGCUCUCCGAGGCGCUCGACCUCAAGAAGCAGCCCGCUUCGGAACUGGGGGGAGAGUUCACCCUUUCCGCCAGGAAAGGCGAGCGCGACGACGCGUCGGCCAUCGCCGGCGCGCAGGCCGACCCCGACGACCUGCCCUUGUUCUUCGACCCGCGCCUCGCCGCGCCCUCCGGCGAGGUCUACCUCUUCCUCAAAAAGGGAGAUGUGGACAAGUCGUGGGCCAAGGCCGUGGGCGGCAAGCCGUCGGCGAAGACGGGCUACCCGGCGUACCAGACGACGUCCGUGCGCGCGCUCGAGGGGGGCAAGCAGGGCGGCCCGAAAUUCAUCAUCGUGAGUAGUGAGAAAUUCUAAUUUAGGCUCGUCCUCCGCAUCGCCGCCGCAAGCGCCGGCCGCAGCGCCAGGAUCGCGUCCACGUCCGCGCCCGGCGCCGCGACGACCGUCGCCGCGAAGGGCGGCGCGUCGAGGACCACCAGGCACAACCUAUCAUAUAACGCCACGAGCGACUCCAGGUUGCCGAGGCGCAUCUUUUGGGCCUGCGAGACGAUGGCCGCUAUCAAUUGAGCCGGCGGCGCCGCGUCGCCGGCGCCGUCGCCCGCAUAGGUGCCGAGCGUCGCGCCGUCGCGGCCCGUCACGACCAAAUGCCGCAGGCCCUCGCGCCGGUGCGCGCGCCAGGCCUCGGCGAGCGCGGCGCCGUCGAAGUCGGCCUCGAAGUCGCUCAUUUUUUUUGCAGGGUGUCGCGGCGGCGGGGUCCGGUGGCCGCACUGUUUGCUGCGCCGAUUUCGCGCUGCGCCGGUGCGUCGUGCGCAGCCCAAACUCGAUGGCAAAGAGGGGUGACCACUUUAUGUCUUGGCGCCUGGAGCUGAAGCCGGCGGGCCUGGUCGCAGUGGUGGGAGUGCUCUGCGGCAACGACCUCGACAGGUGACGUCGCACGGCUUCGCGCGAAGGCCGCGCGCAGCCGGUUUAUUUUUUCGAUCUAG